GAGGAAAGAUUAUCCAUGUACUCUUUAGAUACUAUUCGUCACAAUUUGAACGCUAAGUCUUCUAGUUCAAGAGAAAAUCAGUCCAGAGGUACAUCCAAAGUGCACAUAUCCAGUAAUAAUGUUGAUGGAAAACAGACUAAUCAUAAAAGUGAAGGUGCAAACAAGACGAACAGGAAAUCUCCCAGAUUCCGCCGUCCGCUAAUGCGAGAUCCUCAUCAGGGGAGGCCUCGUAGUCAUAAACACCAGAAGGAUACAGAUAUCCAAACCAUGGUCGAAGCUGUUGAACCGUGUGCUUCAAGUCACAUCAGUCGCGAGGCGAGUCCCCAGACAACUCCUCAGGGUAGAAGCAACGAGACAACGCCUAGACUGAAGGAGCGCACGUGUCGAAACCCAAGCAAAGAUCAGCAGAGAAAAUCUCAACCCUCUACUCCUCGUUCGAAGAUUCUUCCACAUAGCCCUCAACUCAAGGACAACAGUGGAAUCCGAAAAGCCGUUAAUUCAAAUUCCAAAACUGCCCGGAAUUCUACACAAACGCAAGAGACUGCAAGCAAUGAAAUUGAAAAUAUUCCGAGACUUAAUUUGAAAAGUGGACGUGAUUUAGAUAAGGAUGAUGGAAAUGAUACAGCAGGGAUUGAUGACAAAUCUCCUAAAGUGAAGACUGGAGAAGAGAUUAGAAAAAACGGAGCUGGUGAAGAUCUGAUUUUGAAAGAGCAAAAAGCUAAAGGAGGAAAUAAGGUACCAAACGCGAUACCCACAGGUUGUGAAGUAACACGUCUCUUAAAGCAGCUGUGCAGUGGAGACAAGGCUGGAGGGAGACACGAACGCGUCAGUGGAACUAAGAACGCUCAGCUGGUCUGCGUAAGCGGCGGGAGUCCACGUCAGCCCAACACCCCUCAAUUAUUGAAGAUCCUAGAAGAAACAAUACAGAAAAAAACUCCGAGAUCGUUGUGCCAGAGGCCGUCACCAAAGGACGUGGACAGGUUCCGCUUGACCUUCAACAUUGAUGAGCAGACGACUAACAAUCUGUUCCAGUACAGAACCAAAUUCGUCCAGCACAUGCUGACGAGUCCUAUGUAUGCUAACAGCACUAUUGGAAAACCCUGGGAGACGAUUGGCAGUAUAUCAGAGAAGAUUAUAGAUGAACUUCUGUUGAACUGCGCCAAGGAAAUGGAGAUACGUAAUUUUGUCGAUGAAAUAUACAAAUUUGAGACUUCUUGAGAUUAUCUAAGUUUUGUAAUUGUUAUUGAAUUUUUAAAUGGGUAUUAAUUAAAUUUGGUU